UUGGCUUGGUAGAGUAAAGCUUCCUGGAACCUGCAGUCCCCCAUCCUAUAGAUACAGUGUAGAUGAAAUAAUUCGCCGCUUCUCCUUCCAUUCAAGAAGGCAGAGAGACUGUGACGGCUCCCGCAGGGGAAUGCUGAUCACAGCCAGGAAAGAUCAGAUCGUGUGUGUGCUGCUUCUGGUUCAGAUAUUGGUUCCCCCCUAAAAAGGGGGGAGAGAAAGGCGAGCCAUCAAGCAGUAAGACCUGGGCUAUUUGAAUUUCAACUCAGCAAUUUAGGAACUCAGUAGAGAAGUUUAUUCACUGCCCCAGUCUUCGAAGUGUGCCUGCUUCGUGGACCUGCUAUGGAGCGAGUUGCUGCUCUCGGUAGCUGCGUAUCAGCAACAUUCUGCCUUCUCCUCCUGAACGCAGCGAUUCGCCCAAGCAUUCAAAUGUCCGAUGAAGCCAAGAACAACAUUACAAUCUUCACUAGAAUCCUCGACAGUCUCCUGGAUGGAUAUGAUAACCGUUUGAGACCAGGGUUGGGAGAGCGCAUAACACAAGUCAAGACGGAUAUCUACGUAACGAGUUUCGGACCCGUCUCAGACACAGACAUGGAAUACACCAUAGACGUGUUUUUUCGUCAGAGCUGGGAAGACGAAAGGUUGAAAUUCAAAGGGCCCAUGACUAUUCUACGUUUAAAUAAUUUAAUGGCGAGCAGAAUAUGGACCCCGGACACUUUCUUUCACAAUGGGAAAAAGUCAGUGGCACAUAACAUGACCAUGCCCAAUAAACUACUGAGGAUAACUGAAGAUGGAACACUUUUGUAUACAAUGAGGUUGACUGUCCGUGCUGAGUGUCCCAUGCAUUUGGAAGAUUUCCCAAUGGAUGCUCAUGCAUGUCCUUUAAAAUUUGGCAGUUAUGCAUACACAAUAUCAGAAGUUGUGUACACGUGGACACAUGGAGCAUCCCAGUCAGUAGUUGUGGCUGAAGAUGGUUCUCGUUUAAAUCAAUAUGACUUAAUGGGGCAAAGUGUGGGAAAAGUCAUUAUUAAAUCCAGUACAGGUGAAUAUGUGGUAAUGACUGCUCACUUUCACUUGAAGAGAAAAAUUGGUUAUUUCGUAAUUCAGACUUACUUACCAUGUAUUAUGACAGUCAUUCUGUCACAAGUAUCAUUCUGGUUAAACAGGGAAUCUGUCCCUGCAAGAACAGUCUUUGGAGUCACAACAGUAUUGACAAUGACAACUUUAAGUAUCAGUGCCAGGAACUCACUCCCAAAAGUUGCAUAUGCAACCGCUAUGGAUUGGUUCAUUGCCGUUUGUUAUGCUUUUGUGUUUUCUGCACUUAUUGAAUUUGCCACGGUGAAUUACUUUACAAAGAGGAGUUGGGCAUGGGAUGGAAAAAGCUUAGUUCCUGAAAAGAAAAAGGAAAGAGAAAGAGAGGCUCUUCUGAAGAAAAACAACACCUAUACAGCAACAUCAGCGAACUUUGCCCCAAAUAUUGCAAAGGAUGCAGGGCUGGCGACCAUUGCAAAGAGUGCCGGAGCAGAAUCCAAAGACCCGAAACCAGAACAAAAGCCUCCAGAGCCUAAGAAGACCUUCAACAGUGUCAGUAAAAUUGAUAGACUAGCCAGAAUAGCAUUUCCAUUAAUGUUUGGGAUUUUCAACCUGGUUUAUUGGGCAACUUACUUGAAUAGAGAGCCAGUUAUCAAAGGAGAUGAUGAACAUAACUAGAAAAUAUUAAAAGAACAGUUCCUCAAUAGUAAUAGUAUUUUAUUUACUGGGUAAUUUCCGUGAAAGUUCUAACAGAUUCAAUAUCCCUAUUCAAUUUGACGCAUACACUGUUUUCCCAUUUGCCUCUUUCUUAAACCCAAUCCAAAUAUUUUUCUGAUAACAUCAGAAAGAAAGAAAUCACUCAAACUCUCUACACAAACAAAAUAUUAUUAUACUGUCAGUAAGACAGGUCUAGUUCUGUGUCACCAUUGACAUACUGAAUUAUUAUUGAUUUUUUUAGUUUAUAAGGAUUUUCUUUUGAUAGCAUGUCCAUGAACAGAAGAAACCUCAUUUUAAGCAUUCUGACAACAGGGUCAAUGUGAAAUUUGAAUUGAUCUUAAUCGUUUCUAGGACAUAACCAGAAAACUUUAGUUUCUAAAUUUAGGUUAAGGUUGUGUUCAGCAUUUCUGCAUGCUGCAGACUUUGUGGACUAUUUUGUUUACUUCCAUUCUCAUUCCAAAUUAUACUUAGAAGAAAGAAAUUACAUAUAUUGAAUAUAUAAUGCAAAGACUGGAUAUGUUUUUCUAAUAUUUUCUUUUAAGUUAUUUUGAAAAGCUGCCUGUAAUAUGAGCAAAACAUGAUUUUGAAUUCAAUUAGCUGACAUGCAUUAACAAUGGACAAGUUUUGCUCUAGGAAGGCAAGAGCUUAUUGGGGCCAAUGGCCUGAGUAACAAUUUACCAAAUGGUAAGACUAACUAUUUAUUGAAAGGCAAAGUGUGCAGUGCCAGCUAGUAUGUAAUGGUGUCUUGCCCGGAUAAGUAAAGUGCACUUUUCAAAAAGGUUUAUAAAGUAUCCCAGUUUUACUUCUUGUAAAAAGUCAAAAACAAACAAUGUAAUAUUUUCUAGGCUUAAAUGAAAAGAUAAUUUAAACUAUAAUAUUUACAAAUCUUAUAUAGUUAACUGAUAUCUGUAUGUGAUACCCCAAGCAGGUACCUGUAAUUUCAAGUUUCAGAAAUACCAAUAAAGUAGGUUAAUCCAUUAUUUGUACUGAAGAGGGUUACCAAUGAAGAUUAUUGUACUUGGAUUCUAUCAACAUGCAUGUACUGGAAAGGGUGUAACAUAUAUGCUGGAGUUAUUUUGAAAACAAAACUCAAGAGUUCACAAGAUAACCAUAUUUAUGACUACAGUUUAGCGAGUGCUAUUUUCAUAUCUUGAUUUUCUUCUUUAUUUAUUUAUUAAACUACAGAACACUUUGAUGGAAACACUAUUGCACAUCAAGUGCUCUUUUUGCUCAGGCUGUACAAUGUUUCCUUGAACAAGCCUAAUCUUGUUGGCAUUUAAAUGAAAUGAUUUCUAAUAUUAAUGUGACAGUAACUUUUUUGUUUUGUUCCUUUCUGUAUGUAGGUCCUUGCUGGCUGACACCAGCCUGCCUACAAUCAAGGGCAUAUAUGCAGAAAGGUGUCAGAAAAACACCUUUCAUGAAGGAUCCCACCCACCCUACUCAUGAACUGUUUGUCUCACUUCUGUCAGGGAGGAGCCUACAUGGUAUUCAUACCAGGACCACCAGACUCAAAAACAGUUGCUUUGCCAAAGCAGUAAGGCUGAGGAACACUUUCCCCAACUAACCCAUCCCUCUACACCUUCCAACCACCAUUACUAUAUGUUACGUCCUGUUAGUCACCUUAAGUCACUAUAGUCACCAUAGUUUACAGUUUUACAUCCUGUUAGUCACUAUAAGUACAGACACUCCUGUGCCUAGCAACACUUUAUGGACAUACAAUUGAUCAAUGUAUAUAAGCUAUGUAUUUAUAUUUAUUGUGCUUUAAAAAAUAUAUUUUUGUGUUCCUUAUCUAUUUUGAUUUAUUUUUGAGAUGCACCGGAUCCAAAGUAACAAUUAUUUCAUUCUCCUUUACACUUGUGUACUGGAAAUGACAUUAAACAAUCUCAGAUUUUGAAUCUUGAAUUGCAAGAAGAGGAGCAAACCAUUUUACCCACUGGAACUAAUUACAAUCGAUGGCAGACAGUAUAAUCACAGCAUUUUAGUAAUAGCCAUCAUCAUAGUGACACUGUAGCAAUGCCUAGCAUCAGAGCACACUUAAACCUCUGGCAGACAUUUUAACUGUUGCUACGCAGUACACACAGCUCUUAUAGUCAUGCAGCUGUUACAAUCAUGCAGCAAUAUGCAUUGGACUUCCACUAAAGUUAUGUGUGUGAGGUCAUGUAUUACAGAACAGGUGCAACUUUCAUUCAAUUACAAAAGAAUGCAUAUUGUAUUCUUGACCAUGGGAUCUAUUAAUCAUUGCUCUAAAGCCCACCAAACAAUGUUAAGAAAUGCCAAAUAAUCAUACCUUCUAAAUACUAGCAACCUGCCCAUGCUUGAUUAAGAAGUAGCAUUAAAAUUAAACCUUGAUAUAUUGAAAGUAUGUAUGUUUCUAUCCUAUGUUUCUUUUUGGACAUAACUGACUGAAUGACAAUAUGAGAUGAGACUAUUCGUUCCAGAAUUAGACUUUUACUGAGAUCGAAUUUUGUUGAAUAUAAACUCUCAUAUGCAAGAGAAAAUACUGAUCAAAUAAUACCAGUGUAUUUAAGUUAGCAAUUGAUCAAUAGGGAAGGAAGCUUACUGACAAAAUUGUGUGUCAAGAGUAAGGAAAAAUUAUGGGUGGGAUCGUACCUCCUUGUAUCUCUGUUCUCAUUGGGCAGAUCCUCCAGAGAUCUGCUGACACUUACGGCUGGUACUUAUAGCCUUCUGUAAACCGACAUUUUCUAUAAGAAAAGGCAUCUGCCAUGCGCCAAUUUUUCAACUCAACAGUGUACUGUUCACUUAGGAAUCUUGCUGGACUGUCAAACUUCUUUUAGAGUUGGCCAGCAAUAUCUCCAGUCUUUGCAUUAGCAGAUGGUCCUUAUAGCUGGUGAUCAAGGAAGCACUGAUAAUGAAACAGAGCACCUAGACGACUGAAUAGCAGAAAACAAAGCCAUUCCACUGUGUUGCUACUGACAUUGUAGCUUAUUCAAUCAAUUGUAUCUCAAGAUUCUCCCUGGUAUAUCUGGUUUCCAGUUUUUUGUUUCCCCCAGGCUUCUCUCGUAGGUUCCACAGUAGCUAAGUAUAUACUUUAAUCAACUAGCAGGUAGGCAUGACAAAGAGUAAGCUGUGUUUCCCUGGAUGAGAAACUAGCCCUAAUAUCAGGCAGGGACUGAGAAUAAAGUAAAGCAAGUUGAGGACAUAAGCAUGGAAUGAGAACAUAAAGAAUUACAGGAAUAUAUCUGUAAUUAAGGUUUGCACCCCAGGUUAACAAGGCAGCAGUAAUAAUAAUAAAGAAGUCCUUCUCUUCUGGCUUGUAACUAGAAUUUCAAUUCACACAAAUAAUCUUGGCACUGUCAUGGUGUAAGGCUUCUAGCACUGGUCCUUGUAUGAUGUUUCUGACCCCUUUCCCAGCCUCUUUCUUGGCUAUAGAGAAAAUUGGUAUCCUGAAGCAAAAUCAUAUAGGGCACUAGCUUCCCAUUAUUUAAAGGAAAUUCUUUAUAAUAUAGGACUAUUGGUAGCCCAAGAAAGGAAGUUGUUUGUAAUGAAGUUAUAGUAGACUAUUGCCAUAGAUCAGUUGCUAAAUUAAGUUUUUAACAUGAACUGCACAAGUCAUAUGACAACAAUUUGUUAAAUUUCUGGUGAAUAUUGAGGAAGAAUAUUAUUAGUUAGGACAUAAUUAUGGAAAUUUAAAAAGAAACUACAUGAAAUUUUCUUCUUUUUCUCUGCAGCCAGUUUCUGCUUUUUGAUCUGUUUUCAUGAUUAGUUUGUUUAACCCGUGAAUCUCACAUUGGAAAUCCUGUUAGAUUACAGAUACAUUUGUUUGAUCCCCAUUCAGUACUAAAAGAAUCUUUGAGGUCCAGUAUAUAUAUUUAUAUACAUUUUUAAAAUUUGACUCAACAAAUUUAUCCUUUUUGUAAAGCAUCUAAUCAAUAGAAAAUAAUUAAUUUCCAAUUCAAAUAACUAGAUUAAAGAAAUUAUUCAACAAAAAACACUGGGUUUGUGCAGUUUGAGAAAAGUGAACUUUUGUUUGUAACAGAUUAAGUAAUAAAAAUUAUCAAUAAGUAAUGGCACAAAUAACCAUUAUGUACUUUGUGCAUUGACAUUAUAUUGAAUUGUGUUAUUCAUACUAUAAGCUAACUCUGAUUUUACCCUGUCAGGUUAAAGUGAAUAAAGAAGAAAUAUGUUCCACUAAAUUGCCUCAACAUUUCUAAUAAUCCAAAGAAACUUUUUAUACUUAUUGGUAUUCCUGAUCUUUUGCACUGCUGCUUUGAGAACGCCUAGGAAAACACAGUUUUGUGCACGCCUCACCUUGUGGUAACCUUCAGUGGAAGCAUAAGGCAAUGGCAAACAGACUGACUUAACAGUCUAAAGAAAAGGGAGGUUUACAAUUAUAUCUUGGAGAGAACUGCAUAAAAUUCCAGUCUUCCAGGCUGUCUUUGACCAGUAAUAACAGAGCUGAAAAGCACCAAUGGAUCGAAAUGCAUUUCUUCUUACAUCAUUUAAAUAAAUUAGUGCAGCUGGUAAAAUAUCUGUUCCCUUAAUUUAAUCCAGUAUUUUAUCCAAGUAUUGAUUUACAAACAGUGUAUCAAUGUAGUUAAAACAGCAGUGUUGAAGGAGGACUUAGCAGUAUAACAGUGUUAUCUUAACAAAAUCAAGCUGACAAACUCCCUCAUCUUCAUAACUGCCUUGUAUUUUAGCAAUAUUGCUGUAAGAAAAUAUACUUCAAAUGUAAGGGCUUCUAGUAUCUGUGGAAAUAUAACUUUAAAAUAACUUGUGUAGAUAAAAAAAACUGUAUAGAGUUUUAUUUUUGGGGGGUUCCCCCAUCUUUCUCAUAAAAGCUUCUUUGCUGUCUGUCUCUCAAGCUUCCAUUUAUAGAGUCUUACCUGAAAAGAAUUCUAUGGUUUUUGAUUCACAGCUUACAUAAAUGUAACUGCCCUGUGUCUUCAUGCAUUUUUUGCACAUUGUUGUGAUAGCUAAUGAAAUUAGUCAGCUUUAUUUGCUAUGCAAUAACUGCUUUGUAUCACUUCUUGAUUCUCAAUUUGUAGAUGUAAAUGUGAAUUGAUAAAUUAUGUAUAGAGUAAAAUACACUUUACCAAAUUGAAGUAUCCUAACUGAGCUUUUUAUAAUGAGCAUUGCUAAGUCAGUUAUUAAGGGGUUUUGUCAAAUUAUAAACAAAAUCCAAACUUUAAAAUUGAUUGAAAGGAGAGGGAGGAGCUGAAAGAGUUAAAAGUUUUGGAAACAUGCACAAAAUUCAUAUUUAAUGUAAUAAACACUGGCUUUUGUCUGCUUUAAAUUGCAUUUGUCUAACUCAUUAUAGACCAUUUUCGGAUUUGUUUUAAAAUGAUGUUGGUGGGAGGCAAGGAGCAAGGAAAACAUUGCAAAUUUAAAUUUAUUAACGGUUGGAUUUUUUUCAAUAAAAUAAUUGGACAGAACCCCCCCCCCCCCUCCAUUUUCUGAAAUCAGUUUGUCUUCCUUGUUGGUUACAAUACACAUUAUUGGAAGGCUGCUAAUUACUGUGGGAGUGAUAGCAAGUACUAAGUUAAGGUGUCAAAUGAUAUUUGCACAUUUGUCUAAUGAUGAAAGAUUAUAAUGUACCCAGAUGCAAUAAAUCAUGUUAAAGAUGUGGUAUUCCUCUAGGACCUACUUAGGCAUCAUUUUAGAAUUACUAUGGCCUGUUCUUCUUUUUAAAUACCUGUAAAUCUUUUCCUCUAACUAUAUAAAUUUACUUGAAAUUUGCUGUAGCUGAACAUACUACUCUCAUAGCUACUGUGACUAUUUGUCUAUCAUUUAUACCAAAAAUAUCUUUUAAAAAGGUUUUGAAAGAAGAUGUGAAAUAUAAACUUACAAAAAAAAGACAGAAAAAGAACAACCAGUCCAUCAAGUCUGCCACAUGUAAACUGGAAGGACAUACCUAUGACUGCAUGUUAUUUAUUACAGUUUUGUAGUUGCCUUGUUUGGUCUCAAGGAGAAUACUGCAACUUUAAAUUUUGGCAAAGAUUGUAUUGGGGUUUGAUGAGAAGAUAUUUUAUUGGAUUAUAGAGUUUAUCACAAGUUCUUGAAUAUAUUUCAGUCUCUUAUAGUUGCUACUGAACUAGUUGAUGAUAAUAAACCUAAAUUAUUGGUCAACUUGUGUGUCACUGUGUCUGCAGCAUCACUUUCGAGACUCUCUCAGUAGAAUUUGUUAUUAUGUUUCCUUUAGUCGUUGAGGGUUCAUGAGAAAUUGAUAACUAUUUCUGAAAUAAACUUGAA